AUGUCUGCCAACAACAUACCCCCCAAAAGCCCAAUAGAAUUUAUUCUCAGCCGCCGUUCUUCGCGUGAUUCACUGAGGUCUACUGGCGCGGUCGAGUGUGAUGAAUACGGAUCAAGCAAGCCAAUUGAAUCCUUCACUGUGGAAUCUAAGCCAGUCAUUUACAUCUUCAUCCCGUCCCGCUCGCCAACUAUUCCCAGUUUACCAAACAUAACGCCUCAACCCAUCUCCAUGCCUAGCGCAAUCGCUAUGAUCAUCGUCUGCGUAACUGCCAGCAUUAUCAGCAAUGCUUCCUCAGUGUCGAUGAACCUUUUGAUCCCGAGUAUCCAACGACAACUAGGCAUCCAAGCCAGUGAUUUGCAAUGGAUCUCGAGCGGCUUCCCGUUGGGUUUCGGUAGCUGUUUGCUGUUGUUUGGCAGACUUGCUGAUCUGUAUGGCCAUAAACGCUUCAUUCAAGUUGGAACCGGCUUCUAUGCCCUAGCUUCUCUGGGCUGUGCCCUUUCGCGUAACCAUGUCCAGCUCUCGAUUCUAAGAGUCUGCCAAGGGCUUGGGGCUGCAGCCACUGCGCCCUCGAUCAUCGGCGUAUUAGGGAAUCAUCUAGAGCCGGAAUCCAUCCUCAAACGUGUCGGCUUCGCUGGUCUCAGCGCUGGGCUACCUUUGGGAACUACGUUUAGCUUGCUUGUCGGCGGGUUUAUCACACAAGAAGCUGGCCCCGGAUGGAGAUCCUUCUUCUAUCUCUGUGCUGCUUCUGCGAUUGCCGUUUGUGUAUCAGCAACACUAAUAAUUCCGAAAGACAGACAGACAGAUAACAAAGAAGGAAGCAUUGAUUGGCUAGGAGGGGUUUUGAUUAUCGCCGGCUUGACCGGACUUAUCUUAUCCCUCGGAACUAGUUCUCGAGAAGGGUCGAACAAAGCGGUUGUUAUCGUGACAUUCAUUUUCUCCAUAAUCAUCCUGGGAUGCUUUGUCUUUUGGCAGAGGAUCCUCGAGAUCCGCAUCAAUGAGUCUCUCCAAGGUGGUGUCCAUUGCAAAAGAAUUACUCAACCGAUAUUGAAACUAGACCUAUUUAGAAGAGAUCAUCACCAGUUCUUAAUCCUCUUGAUGGUCGUUUGCUUGCUUUGGUCCGGCUUCGUCAGCCAGAAUUUUUUCUUUCAUCAAUAUCUCCAAGAUUAUUUGGGAUUGGAUUUACACAAAUCCGUCAUCCGAUUCAUCCCGAUGCCUCUGGUAGGACUCCUGCUGAACAUCACCUUCGGCUUCCUAUCCCAUAUCGUCCCAGCAAAAAUCUUGAUAGUCUUGGGCUGUAUGGGCACCGCGACCAGCUGUCUGCUGUCCGCACUGAUGGACACCUCGGCCCGUUAUUGGACUUACAACUUUGCCUCGGUUGCACUCUCCGUUGUUGGACCUGGAUUUGUGGUCAGUUGA